AUGGUUAGCGACAAGAAAGGCCUCAUGGCCCUCGCCAAGGCCGCCAAGGCGCGUCAAGCUGCGCGGCGGAUUGCGUCCAAGAAACGUUUGGCCGCCGACACUACGGAAGAUUUGGUUGAACUCGAGCUCGACUCGCCCAAACCCAAGGCUAAGGCCAAGAAGAGGGAAUCAGCAGGGGAGAGACCGAAGAAACGCCUGAGGGCGGACGAGUUACGGUGGACCACUGUCAACACGUCGACUCUGCCGGGGAUGGAUGCAGGUGGUGGCAUGAUGAUGCUCGAGGAGAUUGAGGGCGUGGCGGUGGAAUGGGAGGAUGAUGCCAAGGGAGGACGGACGGCCAAGUUUGUCACGAGGGAGAAGGGGAAGAGCAACGCCGAGUCCGAGUCCGAGUCCGAGUCCGAGGUGAAGGAGGAUGAGGACGAGGCAGAGAGUGUGACCGAGGACGAGCACGAGGACGAGCACGAGGGCGAGGCAGAGGAUGAGGCAGAGGACCAGCCGGACGAGCUCGAGGAGCUCACCUUUGCCGGACUCGAUGCGGCCGACCUCAACGACGCGGACGAGGAUGUUGUCGAGUCCGAGCCCUCGUUCAACGACAAGAAGCUCCCGGCAUGGAAGGGGAUCAACCUCCCUGCACCGCUCAAGCACGGCCUCCGAAGCCUCGGGUUCAAGACCCCCACCGAUAUCCAGAAACGCGCCCUCCCGUCAGCUCUGGAGGGGCGCGACGUUGUCGGCGUAGCCGAGACCGGAUCAGGCAAGACGCUCGCCUACGCGCUUCCGAUCCUAUCGCAUGUUCUCCGCCAGCCGCGUGCUGCGAAACGUGCACUUUCGGCCCUUAUCCUGUGUCCUACUCGUGAACUUGCGCUGCAAGUUUCGGAGAGUUUGAACGACUUUCUCGCUCAAGCAUGCCCGGCCGACAAGGGUAAACCACCCCGCGUGAGCGUCGGUAGCGUUGUGGGAGGGUUGAGUGCGCAGAAACAAGCUCGUAUCGUCGAGCGCGGGGCGGAUGUACUGGUCGCCACGCCCGGACGGCUGUGGGACCUCCUCAAGGCCAACGACGGUCUCGCGGCCAGUGUGCGCCAGCUCAAGUUUUUGGUCAUCGACGAAGCAGACCGCAUGAUUGAGACGGGCCACUUUGCCGAAUUGGAGAAUAUCGUUCAACUCACACAGCGGGCUAGCGACCAGGUUGAGGAGGAGGAGGAUGACGUCUUCAAGGCGGCAAGUACUGCUCUGUCGUCGGCACAGGCACGCGACGACAUGCAGACGUUUGUGUUCUCGGCUACCCUCAGCAAGGACCUGCAGGCCAACUUGAAGCGGUUUAAGCGCCGGGGGAAGGGGAAAAAGUCGUCAACCCUCGAAGACCUGGUUGAACGCUUGGAUUUCCGCGACGCCAACCCCGAGGUUAUUGAUCUCUCGCCCGAGGGUGGGUUAGUCUCGACCCUCCGGGAGGCAAUGAUCGAGUGCAUCGCAUCCGACAAGGACCUGUACCUCUACUACAUGCUCUUGCGCUAUCCGGGCCGAACCCUAGUCUUUACAAGUAGUAUUGACGGUAUCCGCCGCCUCAUUCCCCUGUUCCAGACGCUGCGGGUUCCCGUCCACCCGCUCCACUCGCAACUGCAACAGAAACAGCGCCUGCGUAACCUCGACCGCUUCCGUUCCCAAGCCAACUCUGUCCUCAUUGCAACAGACGUCGCCGCGCGUGGACUGGACAUUCCGCACGUCGACCAUGUCGUGCAUUUCAACCUCCCCCGUUCGGCCGAUGCGUACGUCCACCGCUCGGGCCGUACUGCGCGUGCCCAGAACCCCGGAUUCGCACUCCAACUCGUCGCACCCGAAGACCGGGCCGUCCAGCGCGGCCUGCUCAAGGCUCUGGGCCGGACCGCCCCGCCACCGGAUAUGCCGAUCGAGGGCGGAUUCUUGAGGUCGUUGAAGGAGAGGGUAACGGUUGCGCGCGAGCUGGAAAAAGCACUGCAUAACACGAAAAAGGAGGCACACGAUAAGAACUGGCUCCGUGAGGCUGCAGAGGCCAUGGACGUGGACAUUGAUCCUUCUAUGCUGAGUGACCUUGAAGACGAUCCUGAUGCGCCUUAUGCCCACCGCCCCACUGCCAAGCACGACAAGCUCAAGGCCGAGCUCGCGUCUCUUCUUUCUCAACCACUUGUUGCGCGUGGCGUCUCGGCGCGAUACCCAACCUCUGGAUCUCGGAUCAUCGUCGAUGACGUGUUAUCCGGUGAUGCGCAUGGCGUCAUGCUCGGCGCUAGUACUGUUCCCGCGUUUGAGGUGGCGGAUGCAGUUGCGUCCAAGCGCGGUGGCAAGGCGACGCGCAAGUUUGACAAGAACAAGACUGUCGAUAAGGCGGCCGUGAUGAGGGGACGGCAGGAGAGGAAGGAUGCCAAGAAAAAGGCAAAGGGAAAGGAUAAGCGGAAGCGAGAUGAUGAGGAGGAGGAGGACGAGUAG